UCUGUCAGGAGCAGAGCUCCUUGGUUCCUCAGCAACCUGGUGCCACGGGGGGCUGACUGUUCCCUUUUGGCCCCAUGGUGGCUGCCCGUGGUCCUGCGAGGGACCAGGCCACCCCCGCACUGCCCCUCUUGCUCUUGCUGCUGACAGAGCUUCCCCUCUGCCUCUGCUUGCCCAUAGCAGGCCACAAGCAGCCACUGUCACCCAUCAACGCAACCCAGGCCCAGCGCCGCUCCAGGGAGACAACCACCACCAAGGCCCAGCUCACUUCCACGGAGACAACCACCACCCGGGCCCAGCUCACCUCCACGGAGACCACCACCUGGGCCCAGCUCACCUCCAGUAACACCCCCACUGAGGCCCAGCUCACCUCCGAGGAGACCACCACCCAGGCCCAGCUCACCUCCGAGGAGACCACCACCCAAGCCCUGCGCCGCUCUGAGGAGACCUGGAUUCUUUGGAAUGAAAAGACUUUCUCAGGACCCAGAGCUAACAGGAAGGACAUUCCACCUCAGUCCGCCCUCCGUAAGAGCAACGUUUUCAUGGGGCGAAGGAGGGGCCUGCACAGGGACUCCUGGAUUGAAGAACUGAUUCCGCACAGACCUGCUCUGGUGAAAGUGAUCCUCGUCGCCUGUGUGGUCUUCAGCAUCGCCCUGGCAGCCGGGCUCACCAUUGCCAUUGUGAUAUACCGACUGGCACAAGAUGAGGAGAGACAACAACUGGCCCUGCUUUAUAAGAACAUCAGGAUCCCGCUACUGGAGGACGAAGAGGAUUACUCGGAGGACGGCAGCCAGGACGAGUCCACCUACCUGCUGCCAGAGAACGAGAAGGAACUGGAAAAUUUCAUCCAUUCAGGUUCUUUUCUGCUCCACGGCUGCGGAGCACACCGGUACCACAAACACCCAGAGCAUCACCACCACGGACGGUCCGGUGCCUAGAAGCUUAAGACGCUCUCACGCCACCAGUAUCCACACCCCGGCCUCAUUUCUGUGGCUGCUCCAUCGGGACCCACACACCAAACACCAGCCGGUCCACACAGGAACCCCCAGGUCACAACCUCUUCCAUGGAAGAAAAAGGGACCAGAAUGUCGUCCUCAGCCUCUGCCAGUAAUGACACCCACCCUCACUAGAGCGGCAGGUACCCGCAGCCACAGCCGUGAGAGCCUCCACAAUGUUCCCUGAUCGGACCUCAGGCGACGAGCCACACGAGGAUACCGCUGGACCUACGGUGGAGAUGAAGCCACAUCCCCAACCAACACCAGGCCCCACGGGGAAGAGAAGCUUUUCCAUCAACAAAGCCGGCCCAUAAAGACUGGAAGAGGUGACUGCCCCACCAAGUACACAGACACCAACAGAGGCUAAAAGCAGUGUGAAAAAAGGAAAAAACAAGCAACACCACCAACAAAGGAACACAGUGAUCUUCCAGGACCCAACCACAAAGAAAGGAAGACCCGGGAGCUGUGGGAAAAGCAAUUCAAAAGAACUGCUUUGAGGAAGUUCGGUAAUCUACGACAGAACAGAGAGAGAACACGCACGAGUCAGGAAAAUAACUCAGAAACAAAACGAAUAGAUUCAAGACAGGUAUCAUAAAAAGGAAGGGUGAAUUCAGGGGGUUAAGAAUAUAACGUACAAAAAGAAAAACACAACAGUAGACUUAUUAAAGCAGGAGGGACAAAAGAGAAAACUCUGCAAUUGCAUGGCACCACAGCCGUCCUGCAACAGCCCAAGCCAUCUUGAGUAAGAGCAAAGCUGGCGGCAUCACACCUUCUGAUGUCACACUUCCACUAGGCCGCAAGAAUCAGAACAAUAUGGGACUGACACAAAAACACACAUGGAACCUACGGAACAAAGCAGAGACCAGAGACACAAUCGCAGACAACUGCGCGUGGCAAAGGACUGGAAACAAAGUGGCGGAAGGACAGUCUCCUCAGCGCAUGGCAAUGGCAAAAUAACCCCAGGUGCAAGAAUGACUGUGGAGCCACUCUACCGCCACCCACACGAGUGACCUUGCCAUGGAUGAAUGACACAGGUGUGAGACUUAAAAAAUGAAAUUUCUUGAAUAAAAAGCCCCAUCAAAAUGAUUGUGGGAGCGCAUUUUUGGAUAUAACACCAAAGCGAAAGCAAACCAGCAAGACUGCCCCAAAACAAAAGCUUCUGCACAGCAGAGCAACACAAUGCAAAGGCCGGCUUCAGUGCGGGACGAAGGCUUCGGGAACCGUGUCGUCGAUAGGGGGUAAUAGUCCAAAUAAAAAGGGAGCUCGUGACAUACUAAAACAGAACAAGCCAACUAAAAAUGCUUUCCUCAUCCCAGGAAAAUGGAGGCAUAAAGGAUAAUGAGGGAGCCAUACUCUCAGCUAUGAAGCAGUUUUAUAAAAAAGAGACUUUAAGUGUUGGUGAGCACAUGAGAAAAAAAAGAAACCGUGGUACAAGGUUGGUAGAAAUGUAAAUCGAGCCAUUAUGAAAAACUAUUCCUCAAAAAAUUCAAAAUACAAUGACCAUGGGAUCCGGCAACCCAUCUUUUGAUAGUCAAAAAAUUAAAUCUGAGUGUGGAGCAGAUAUCUGCAGCCCCCCAGUCACGAGCGUUCUCCACAAGAGGCAAGGUAAGGAAACACUCUAAGUGUCCGUCCACAGACGGACAGAGGAAAUGCGGCGUGUGCACUGACGGCCGCAACAUGCAGAAUGAAACGCUAUGAGCCUGACAAGAGAGGGCGUACCCGCCACUUGGGAGUACAUGGAUGAAUCUACAGGGCAUUAUUCAAAGUGAAAUAAAGACCGAGAAGACAUAUGCU